AUAUCUGUAGCUAGACUGACUUUUCUUUCUCUGUCAAGAGAUAUAUUGAUAACGGAUAAUGGAUCGACCCUGCUUCGUGAUCUUCUCAUAAAACAAACAGAAUUUCAAAAUAAAUAUAGUGAAUGUUUACAAUCGGCUCACGAUAUGGAAAACUCUUGUGAAACGAAUGUUUUUGAUCUCGGUGACAUCGUUCAAGUGGUGGAUAUAACGAAUCUACAGAAAAAUUUCUAUGUUGAAGAUGAAAUGAAUAAUUUGGACAUGACGUCACUAGGGACGUUUGUGCUUUUGGAAAAAUCGACCAGGACUAGGAUAUCCACAAAAGAGAAAAAAAUUGACGAUGAUUCAUGUGUACAAAGAAUAUCACUGGCAUACGAGAGACUACAUACCAUUCCCAAAAUAAUCAUGGAAGGAAUAACACGAUAUGUAAAAAUUUUGGAUAUUAGUCAUAAUGAAUUUGAAAAUUUAGAAUUUUUGAAAGAUUUCCAUCAACUGACUUCAUUGAUCUGUGAUCAUAACAAGAUAACCUCCACUGUCACUAUUCCGUUCCUGCCUACGUUAGAAUUAUUGUGGAUGAACUAUUGCAAGAUCGAGGAAUUAUACCCAUGGGCGAGAAAACUGAAAUAUUCUUGUCCCAAUUUGAAAUAUUUGUCCCUUAUGAAAAAUCCUCUCAUCCUCCACUAUAGCAACAAUGGAUUUAAUCAGGAACAACUGGAUUAUCGAUUAUAUAUGAUCUCAUUAUUUCCUCAUUUGAUACACCUAGAUGACAAAGUUGUAACGGCAAACGAGAGAAAAGAAGCUAUCAGACUAUAUAACAAACCACUACUGGACAGGGUGGUAACGAAAACCCAAGAGAAUCUACCAGAUUACUUGAGAAUAGCAUCUCAGAAAGUUGCUAUGAUGCUGUCAUCAUCGCCAGCUUUUUCAAUGAGUGAUACGAAAAGUGUUGUUAUAUAGUUUUGUUUCUUGUUGACGAAUUUUCAUUGAUUGAUUCAAAGUCACAUACAAACUCUUACAAAUUUAAUAAAGCGUAAACGAUGAUGUAUGUACAUACGAGAAAUAUUUGCGCUGAAAUUUUAUAUCACAUAGACGAAAAAUAUACGUGUUGUUUCAUUUGAAGAAAUCUACAAAAUACAAUUCAAAAAGUUCCGAACUGAAACAUAAUUUUUUGCCACCCUGUAUAAUUUCAGAGCAUGAAAAUGAAACAGAUGCAUCACAAAUAUGUCUAUCAAAUGACUCACAUAAUAACAAGGCCGGAUUAAGAACACUUGGCGCCCAAGGAACAAUAUAUUUUUUCGCCCCCUACAGAAUAGAAAAAUGAAAAAAUCAUAGUUAUUUAUUAAACAAGGGAAAAAAAGUAGUAGAUUUUAGCUCCA